UGCAUGUGAUCAUAUUAUAUAUCUCAUCAUCACAUUCUCAUAUCAUAUCAUAUCAUAUCAAUAUAGUUGAAUCAUGGCUGCUCUUCGUGGUAAGCUAGAGGUAGACAUUGAACUCAAGUCUAAUGCUGACAAGUACUGGAAUAUCAUAAGCGAUACUACAACUAUUUUCCCUAAGGCCUUCCCACAUGACUACAAAAGCAUUGAAGUCCUUUCUGGUGAUGGUAGAUCUGCUGGUUCUAUCCGCCACUUCACUUAUGCUGAAGGUUCACUACUUGCGAAAUCAUCGACACAAAGGACUGAUGCUAUUGAUGAUGAAAAGAAGACACUAACCUAUUCUAUAAUUGAAGGGGAUCUCCUCCAGUACUUCAGUAAGUUUCAGGCACACGUUGCUGUAAUACCUGUUGGAGAAGGGACUGAGGUGAAAUGGACUGCUGAAUUUACUAAAGUCAAGCAUGAUAUUCCUGAUCCAACUAUUGUCAAAGAUUUUGCAGUCAAGAACUUCAUUGAGGUUGAUGACUAUAUUCAACAAAAUGCAUAGAAGUUCAAUGCAUUUGAUGAAGGACAAGCUAGUAUUUUAAUAUAAAUGUAUUGUUACUUAAUGUUGUGGAAUAAUGGAGUCAUUUCCUAUUUAAUGUAAUGUGAUGUAUGUGGUAAUGAGUUUGUCCUUUGAUGCUGUUUGCUUAAUGUAUUUUGUACUAUAUCCUAUUUAAUUUUUCUGAUCUAAUUAAUGUGAUGAGUUUGGAAGUAUUAUGUGAUUA